UAAACUUCUAAAAAUAGAAUAUAGGGUACUUCCGCUCUAUUUUAGAAUCGCGCAUGCGCGAAAAACGAGGGACAAACAUUGACAUUUGUCCCUCUUCCGCUUGUCAAAACAACAACACGAUUUCGGAUAUACUUACACGAUGCCGGCUAAACACUGUGCGUAUGGGAUCUGCCGAAGCGACAACCGAUACGGGGAGAGACCGGAGAUGGCCGGGGUUCAUUUUAUUUUAUUUCCUAAGUUCCACAAGGAGCCUGAGAAGUGUGCGAGGUGGGUUCGCGCUUGUUCGCGAGAUGGAUUCACAACAGACAAGGUCAACAAAUACACCUACCUAUGUUCCAAACACUUCGUUGGUGGGAAUGGUCCAUCGUUUGAACAUCCCGACCCUAUCCCGGCAACAUAUACAUCUGAUCAGGUGGUGCAUUUUUCGAAGAAGAGGAAGAACCCAGUGGAGAGACACCCUCUUCCAUCCAAGGUAUCCAGGUUGGACCCAACUUCGACAGCAGGUGAUGAUGGCCUAUCCUUGUUGGCAGUAUGUGCAGCUGACCACCCUUACACCUCAAGAAAGCAUCCAGAGGAUCAGGAGACAAUCUGUACUGAAUUGAAUGUCUGUGACAUUGAAGAGACUGCCUUGACUGAGCACAGUUCCAGUGAUGCUGCCUGCCAAGCUACGCCAUCAACUCAAGACAUGUCCAGCCAGGCCGAGUUUGUAUGUUCAAGCAUCUUGGUAUCUAAGAUUUAUGAAAAGAUGACAGCGCAAGUCCCUGAUUCAGAUUGUGGAAUUAGCAGAAAUCUAGACAACAAAACCUGUGAUUUACUUUUUGAUAAUCUAGUGUGCAAUAAGAAGAAAUUUAAGUACUACACUGGUAUGAAAACUGUUCACUUCAAUCAUCUCUUUUCUUCUCUUGGUGACAGUGUGAAUGACAUUUGCUACUGGCGUGGAAAUAAGAUGAAUUCCAAUAAAUCUGGUAAAUGCAGGGUUUUGACAGUAAAAGACCAACUUGUUUUGACGCUUGUAAGAUUAAGGAGAAAUUUGCCCACAAAAGAUUUAUCCUAUAGAUAUAACAUCAGUGUUGGUUCUGUGUCCUGUAUCAUUACCACUUGGAUUCAGUUUCUGUAUAUGAAGUUAAUUACUUUAAAAGAUCACAUCUUUCCUUCAAGGCACAUUAUCAGGAAAACAUUGCCAUCUGUUUUUAAAAGUUUCAAAAACAUCCGAGUCAUUGUUGAUUGUUUUGAAGUGUUUACAGAAAGACCAAGUGAUUAUGGUGAGCAAGGUAACAUGUACUCUCAGUACAAGACUCACAACACCUUAAAGGUUUUACUCGGUAUUUCUCCAACUGGGGCUGUUACAUUUGUAUCUGAUGCAUAUGAAGGUUGCAUAUCAGACAGAGAUAUUGUCAGGAAAUCAGGCUUUCUGCAAAAAAUAAACCCAGGUGAUUUGGUUUUAGCUGAUAGAGGCUUCACUAUCAAAGAUCUCCUCAUGAGCUGUAGAGCACAUUUGAAUAUUCCCCCAUUCCUAGGCAAAAGGGACAAGCUGACUCCUAAAGAAGACAUCUUGACUCGAUCUAUUGCUAGGACAAGAAUACAUGUGGAGAGAUCUGUGGGAAGGUUGAGGGAAUAUCGAAUAUUAAGCGCUGUUAUUCCUCUUUCCAUGAAACACUUAGCAUCCCAGAUAGUGUUUGUUAUAGGAAUGCUUUCAAACUACCAGCCACCGCUUGUUAAGUAAGGAAGGCAUUAUCCUCCUCAUAUUAUUGAAUGUACAUUAUCUGUGAUGAUAAACUCUUGUCUUCUCAGUUUAAACAUGUAAGUAGUUAUUAGGUGUUGAUAUUCCUCACUCACGUGAAUACAUUUCAGAAUAAUAUAUGAAUCACUAUACAAUUACUGUUUGCAUGCACAAAGUUUAU